AUGGUGUCGUUCAAAAACCGGUUUAUGUCUGUAAACUCGUGGGUUCAGGGGAACCAGCACGCGAAGCUGCGGCGCCAACUGGACAGGCUGCAUCGGCAAAUCGCAAAGGAAAUAAAACUUCGUGUCAAGGUGGCCCGCAACGAGCUGGCGCAAUGCGACUAUUCGCGUGUGCUCUCAAAUGCCAAGAAUGCCCUCGUGACCUAUAGCACCGCUAUUAUCAACGGCGCAACUCGCGGCACGGAAUCCGUUUCUGUAACAGGUAGUGUUGACCACAAGUCACUGGCAAAGCAGAAGGUCCUCUGUUCCCAGAGCGAGAAGAAAAGCCGCUCAUCAACUUUCAAGAAGGAAGAAUCUGAAUUCAACAACUUCAUCAAUGGAUUAAUCCGGCGAGUGGACAAGUGUGCCGAGGUCCAUCGGAAGGCCGAUACUUACGACGAGGACAUUCUCGAUGCCCUAUGUGCCACAAAGUGA